ACUAACUGCCUCUGCCAAAACCGCCUGUGUCAGCACAAGAAGCCAGGAGGCCAAGAAAGCCAAGAACCGCCCCCGCACCGCAACCAUGGAGGUGGCCCGCGCCUUCCACACCCCGCAGCGGCACCACCACCUCGCGGAGCUCCGCAUCGAGGCUAACCAGUCGCCGGUCGCCUUCUCCGAUCCCUGCGCCGCCGGCCACAAGCGCCGCUGCCUCUUCCCCGCCUUCUCCCCGCGCAAGAAGAUGUUGGUCGAGCUGCCUCCCUUCGAAGCGCCCGCGCUCUCCCCGCCAGCCAGCGCGGGGCGCACCGCCAGCGCUUUCUCCUCGUCGGCACUGUCGUCUCCUUCCAGCGGGAGCAACCGCAUCUUCACCUUCACGUUCCGCGCUUCGCCGGAGCAGCCUUUGGCGCCCACGGGGUCCAACCGCAGCAGCGCCUCGGCGUUAUUGACUCCGCUGACACCCAUGGGCUCCACCGCCAGCGGCGGGUUUAGGGUCCCGUCUUCCCGGCCGCCGUUGUCGCCCGGUCCCGGGGGCGCCAGCGCAACCGGCAGCAUCGCGUCCUUGGCUUCCCCGAAGCCGGCGCGCACGGGAUUUUCCACCGGCAACGACGGCGGGGGGUUGGCUUCUCCGAAACCGGCGUUCGGGCGCGCAGGUUCUUCGCCGUCCCCGGUAGCCAAGGUGUUGUCUCCCGCAGGCCCCGGGAUUAGCGGCGGUGGCGAUCUUGUCGUCUCGCCGCCGCUCGUCCUCACGCCCCUCCGGAUGCCGGCCUCUCCGGUGCGCGAUUCCGAGGGGAGCACCCUGUGGUCACGGCGCCGCGGGAAGAAGCGCCAGGGGGAGGAGAAGCUGCAGAUCACCCUGCCGCCGAAGAAGAUCGCCAAGACGCGAGCGACUGCCGCCAGCGAGCCUUCCCCUCGCGCCGCCCUGUCCGUGUCGUCGGCCAGGCCGUGCUGCUCGUUCGUCAAUUCGCCGGCGAAGGCGAGCAAGCAGGAAGCCAAUAGGGACAUCCUCACCGCCAGCGCCGCAUUCCGUUCAUCGUCGACGGCCGGGACCUGCUGCACGCUCGUCACAUCGCCGACGAGGCCGUCCGCGGUGGACAAGGCGAGCGGGCCGGAGUGUGAUGCAAUAUUGGCUAGUGUGGGCGGAGGUGGCGCCGGCUCGUCGGCGGCGUGUGCAGGCGCCGAGGUGGUAGUGAGUGUGACCUACUCGUGCGGUGCCCAGAAGGAGUUCCGAUUCGACCAUUGCCACUGACAAGCUAUCGUCCGUCCAUCACCACCAUCAAUUACUUUGUCCAUGAGCUUGGAUCGCCCCCAAAUUUCCUGCAAUUUUAGUCUAGCCUGAGUCUAGGACAACCGUAACUUCAUUGUGUUCGGAACUACUCCGUAUAUGUGUGCUACGACUACGAGAGGUGUAACAGGUGAUGAAACGAUGAGUCUCUACUCUCUGGUUGCCUGACUGUUUUCUUGUAGAUUUGAACUGAAAAGAGCUCGUCGAUCUGGUAAACA